CUUUCCUUCAGAGCGCAGGAGAUCUUUAACAGGUAUUUAUGCAGCAAAGCUACGACGCCAGUCAACAUUGACAGCCAGGUCCAGCUGGCAGACGAUGUCCUGACCGCACCACAUCCACACAUGUUCAAAGACCAACAGCUUCAGAUUUUCAAUUUGAUGAAAUUUGACAGCUACGCCCGCUUUCUGAAGUCUCCAUUUUACCAAGAAUGCGUUUUAGCAGAAGUGGAAGGCCGUCCAGUCCCCGAUCCGCAAUGUGUCACGAGCAGCCCUACACUGAAGUCCAGCUUCGGCCCGGACACGUUCAGUGUCUCCACUCCAAGAAAGCCCCUCGUACUGCACCAGGACAGCAGCAUUCUGGAUGCUCAAAGUCUCCGCUUGGAAAGACGGACUUUAUUUCGGCUCGACCUCGUCCCUAUAAACCGAUCGGUUGGCUUAAAGGCUAAACCCACCAAGCCGGUCACAGAGGUUCUGCGUCCGGUCGUGGCGAAAUAUGGACUGAAUCUUAAUAACCUCGUGGCAAGACUAGUAAGUAAUUCGUUAAACUAUAAUAGUUUUUGGGUUUUGGGGUUUUUUUUUAGUUUCAUUGCACGGCGUUUUCUUUACGAUAAAUAAAAACGGUCUUACCUCGUUGCUUAUUAAAAGACACACUAAUCUCACCCAAAGUAAUAGGAUUAUAAAGCAGUUUCAUACUGAGUUCCUUUAUCUCUACAUGU